AUGGCUGACUUUGGCUCUUUGGGGUGGAUAAGGUCCUGUGGCAUUCUUUUCGUAGUCCUCCGUGAUGCCGUAAAGGUAUAUCCUGCGCACAAUGGCAGAUUCGUCGAGUUUAUAGUUGAACUGCAGGACAUCUCGUUCCCCGGUGGCACGUUCAAAGACCAAAUGUAUAAGAUGGGCCAAGAUCUAACGGAGUUCGAAUUUGGUCAAAUCGAAACCUCACCAUUCGACUCCAACAUCAUCCCCGAGCGCCAGGGAUACAUCAACCUCUGCGCCUUCAUCGCAAAGCUACACAACCGGGGCAUCUGCACAGCCGACAAAAUCAGCGAUCUAUCCCGCGGUGCCCAAGUCCUAACAGAAGCCCUCGAAGAGGCCCCAUGGGAGAAACACCACCACGAAGACAUCGAAGCCUAUCUAAAGACGACGAGGACGAGGAUUUCUACGAGGAAAAGCGCGAUGAAUUACUUGCUAAGGACAUUAGGAUUCUGGAUCGGAGGGUUCCGGGUGCUACACAGUUGGUUUUUAUAUGUGGGAGGGAGAUUUAUGGGAAGUUGGGGGUGGAGGAUUUUGGGGAGGAGGGUCGGGGGCCGAUUUGGACGGCGAAGAGGUGGUCGAGGGGACGGUGGGGGUUUUGGAGGGUGAGGUUUCGGUGGGUUUCUGGUGUUACGGCUUUGGAUUGGGGUACUAGGGUGCUUGCUAAGGAGGUGGUUGAAGUGAUGGAGAGGAUUGAGAGGGAGGAUGUUGGUUGAGUGUUCUUAUUUCACCCUGCUUAGCGAGGAUGUGAAGCGAAGGCUCCUAAUUCAGACAAGCACUACUAUCUAAAAGCGGCAGACUAAGUGGGCUUACAGCAAGAGCAGCAAGAGCAGCAAGCGCUUCUAGAUCGCAUAGCAUGUCCAACGCUCGGAGUUUUCAGUUUAUCUUCUAUAAGCACGAGGUUUUACUGCG